GAAAGCAGCUCACCGCAGUUCAGUUCGUUGGAUUGCAAGAUUAACAAAAACAAAAAUCUCGUUAGUUGAGGCUCGAGUCUUUCGUGUAUUACUUUCUCGUAAUGAGUACCAUUAAAUGUCGACUAUGCCUCUGUUUAGUGGAUAAACAAAUAGGCUUUUCAUGUUCACUCAAAGACGAUACUUUCUGCACCAUGCUGAAAACCGUAUUCCCGUUUCCCAUAUCAUCGGUGCAUACGGCCGCGAAUAAAACCUAUAAUAUGCCCGCUUCGGUGUGCCUCCUGUGUGCAACAACCGUCCGUAACUUCUUUGAUUUCAGUCAAAAGGUUGCAGCUGUUCAGAAGCAACUGGAAAAGGAAUGUUCCGGCAACGAUGAUAACAAACAAAUUGGCUACGCAUCCCUGGUUGACCCGGCUUUCAACGACAUGGUUGAAUAUGUGUUCAACUUUAAGAUACUGAGAGAAAAAUGCAUCGACGGCAAGCCAUAUAGUUUACCCGUUUUAAUCUGCCUCCAGUGUUCCAGAAGAGUACGAGAGUUUUAUAAUUUCGGUAAAAUGGUAGAAACCAAUCAGAAAAAUCUCAGUUCUGAAAGGGCGAAUCGAAACGAUACUUCUUCGGUCGACGGACUUCUGCCAUACAUCACGCCGAAUCAUGGCCCGGAAGCUGACACAGCUAAUGAUAAGGUCGAAGAAACCCUUUUGAUGUUCGCAGAAGUGGUAGAUCGGGAAUUUGAAAUGUUCUCUGCAUUGGAAGAGAAGGGCGUGUCGAAGAAAAUCCCAUCCAUUUGCAACGAUAAACAAGAAGUCUUGGUAGGCAUGAGCAAAAUGGAAAAAUGCAUAGGUGUUAUUACGACUAAGCUUAUAUCGGCUUUGGAUAAGUUCCCUAAACAACACAACACGCGGGCUAGGCGCACAUCUUUCGAAUUCAGCCAAAUCACUGAAGAGGCACAACUUAUCGUGUUAGAUGAGCAGUUGAAAGAAAAAGAAUACUUUGAAACCUUUCUGGAUUGGAUUAAUAGCCAUAUCUCUUUGGAGGAAACUGGAUUUCAACGUAUGCAUGAAGCAAUAGAUCUUAUUUUUAGCAGACCGUUUUUUGCCGCAUGUAAUUGGACCGGUGUUUCUAAAACUAACAAGGUGGCGUUGGGUGGACAUAAACAGGUGGUAUUUCUAUUCAGGACUAUUGGUUCAACAAAAGAUAACAAAAUAAGUGAUUUCGCACUUGCAAAGUUUUUUCAAACCAGAUUUAAAUACGCAGCUAAUAGGGUUAACAUUCAGGGUAUUCGAAGAAGGGUGUGCCAUCGAUCCCGAUUAAAACCAUACUAAAAGAUUAUAUUGGAGUUACAAUACAUGCUGUUCGACAACCAUCAAUAUUACCCCGA